ACAAGGAAAUCGUGAAGAUGAUUUUAUUUAAAUCGGCUUUCUUUGAAUUGUUCUUAAUAUAAUUACCAGGGCGAUAACAAUUUAAUCACAGUUAUAAUAUGAUAAGAAAGAUAAAAAUGUAGUGAUUUAAUCAUUGACUAUUAUCAAAGUUAGAUUUAUGAACAUUACGCUUGUACUUACCAAAAACAGCAUUACCAUUAGUGUUUACAUGAAAAUAAUGUUAUUUCUAAAGUCAAUACGAUUUAAUAUUUCAUUUUACUGCUUGCUUUGGAUAAGUUAUUUAUCGAUGUCAGAAGGAUUUUCACCAAGACUAAUAGGCGGAGAAAGAGCCCCACAAGAAUUCGGGAGAUUUCAUGGGUCGUUACAAAAUCUAACGGGACAUCAUGUUUGUGGCAGUGCAGUUAUUUCUCGAAGACAUUUGCUAACAGCGGCGCAUUGUGUCUACAGAGUCAAACCACGAUAUAUUAAAGUAGUUGUUGGGACAACUAAUUUAAAUAAAGGUGGCAAAGAGUAUCAUGUUAAAAGUAUACACUUAUAUCGUGAAUAUAACAUUACUCGAAGGAUAAAUGACAUAGCUGUAGUUAAGAUAAGAGGAAGAUUUAAUUUGAACGAUACUGAUAUACUCCAGCUUCCGAAAAGAGAUUUGAAAGAUGGCGAUCCGGUUAUAUUAUCUGGAUUUGGAGCAAAAAAGCCUUAUGGAGAUUCUAGUCGCAAGAUGUAUGCAUUAAAUUUGACGGUUUUUUGUCAGAAAACAUGUCGAUAUGCUAUGCGUUAUUCAAGAGAUGUAACAGAUUCUAUGUUUUGCACUUUCACAAGAAUCGGGCAAGGCACCUGUCACGGUGAUUCUGGCAGCCCUCUAAUCAAAGACAAUGUGCUUGUUGGUUUGGUAUCAUGGGGAAUCCCUUGCGCCAUGGGUUUCCCCGAUGUCCACACAAGAGUAUACCCCUACCUCGAAUGGAUUAAAUCAAUAAUUUCUGAAAAACUAUAUAAAAGGCUAGAAGUAAAUACUGAAGUAAAGUUAUCUUUGUCAAAAUAAGCAUAA